AUGGCCAACGCAACCGAUCUCCGCUCGGUGGAAGCCAGGAUCAAGCUGCUAUUGAAUGCUCAACUCAAGGCAGUACUCCGCGAUCAGCAUCUAGCGGUUUCUGGUGUUAAGAGCGAACUCCAAAUCAGACUACUGGCUCACCUCAACAAGCUUGCCGCUGCUGGUGAUGUUGCUCGGAUAGACCGCAUACGAAGUCUGGUAAAUGGCUCAGCCGAUGCUAAUGCUCCUGCUCCCUCCUCUUCCCUGUAUACACCCACUCCACCUUCGUCUUCCUCGCCAUAUCGACCUGCUUCGUUGACACAGCAAUCUCCACCCACUGGCUACGGCAUGCCUCCCAACCCUUCGUUCGGCAGUGGCCAAGUGCAUUUUAAAACGAGUCCUUUCUUUACUAUUGUUCAACCUCUGACCGAAGUGGUGGAAUGCAAAGCGAGAGAGAGCACUAGAGACCAUGUCGAUGUUUCAGUCACAUUAUCAGCAGAAGUUGCUACACAACUACAAAAUGAUGAGCUGUAUAGGGUCAUGGUCUUCUGUGCUCACGACACUGGUCUGAACCAUUUCUCAGCCUCUGAGAUUGCUUUCCCCCAUCAAGUUGAGCUCAAAGUGAAUCUUGAUGAUGUGAAGGCGAAUCUAAGAGGCUUGAAGAAUAAGCCGGGAUCAACCCGGCCAGCAGAUAUCACAUCCUUCAUACGAAAGAAGGCUGGCUAUAACAACCAAGUCACUUUGACCUAUGCAUUGACUCAAAAGGGAGUCGCUUAUCAGAAGUUUUUUCUGGUCGUCAACCUCGUUCGAAAGACACCGGUAGAAAUGCUUGUGGAGAAGCUCAAAGCAGGAAGAUUGAUCAGCAAGGAGCAGGUGCUACGAGAAAUGAGAACCAAAGCACAAGAUCCGGAUAUCGUGGCUACCUCGACAAUAAUGUCGCUGAAAUGUCCAUUAUCUACGCUGAGGAUAGACGUACCUUGUCGAUCUGUCAGUUGCAAGCACAAUCAGUGCUUUGAUGCCUCCUCAUACCUACAACUCCAAGAACAGGGGCCGACAUGGACUUGUCCUGUCUGUAAUAAGACUGCCACCUUCGAAACACUUCUGAUUGAUCAAUAUGUGGACGACAUUCUUCGUUCCACCUCACGCAAUGUCGAACAAGUCACAAUAGAACCAGAAGGCCAAUGGUCGAAAACUGCCGUUCCAGACACACCAGCGCCGUCUAAUGGCUCGGCAUCUACCGCAGAAGAUGAAGACGACUUUCUGGAAAUCCAAGACACACGUGUUUCUUCAAUGAAGCAGGAGUCAGCCCCGGUAACAGCAACACCACCUAAUCCUUUCGCUACGUCAGCGUCAGCCCGAACACCCCCUCUUUCUUCUCGCGAGCAGUCGGUCGUGUCUUCUGCUCACAGGGCAACUAAACGUCCAGCAAGCACGGUGAUCGAUCUCACUUUAAGUGAUGAUGAGGACGAGGCUCCACGAUCCAAGAUCCCUCGCCCCUCAUUAAGAGGUGGAGGGGGUCCUUCGAUGAGUCCUUGGAAUGGCGAAGUCCAUUUUCAGCUGCCUCGACCCGCCCCUUCCACAUCAGCGUACGAUCCCAAUUAUUUUCCGUCUCCUUUACGGUGA